AUGGAAAGCCAACUCACAAACACGUCGGACGCUCUCGGUGCGAUUAAAACCCUGUACGACACGGGCAAAUAUGCAGAUAUGAAAAUUCGCUGCGAAGACAAAGUGUUCGAUGUCCAUCGUGCGGUAGUUUGCAUUCGAUCCCCGGUGAUUGCUGCGGCUAUGGAUGGUGAUCGUUGGAAAGAAGCUGCAAAGGGCGAAUACCAUAUGAGUGAUGAGGAGCUGCCAAUUGUGGAGGCGAUGAUUAAGUAUUUGUACCGUGGAAGUUAUGAUGAUCAGGUAGCUUUGGAAAGUGAAGCUUCGGCGGAUGAUGAUUCGCAGGUUGGAUUGCCGUCGCAUCCCCCCAAACAGGUGGGAGGAAUAUUCGCGGAUCCAUCGGGCCAACAACGUGAAAUUAGGCGGCUGGCUUUUGGAGGAUUCGGAGGAUCCGGACUGAAUACUGGAUUUGGACAGAAUAAUGGAUUUGGACAGAAUACUGCUUUCGGACAGGCGGCUCCUCAAGUUGCUCCCAUUACGAAACCAUCAUCAUUGCUCUUCAACGCCAAAGUGUACAUUAUCGCUGAUAAAUACAUGAUCCCAGCCCUCAAAAGUCUAGCACAUGAGAAGUUUACAAAAAGUUUGAGAGAACAUUGGAACACUCCAGAGUUUACUGCUGGUGCAGAGUUCCUCUGGGAAAACACUCCUGGAUCUGACAUGCUCCUUAGGAGAGCUCUGGUUGCGACUGCUGCGACUCACAUAGAUGUUUUACUUGAUAAAGGAGAGUUUGUCGAGUUUAUGUCAGAAUAUGGAGAUUUUGCUGUGGGGGUUAUGAAGAGGAUGAAGGGAAGAGAUGACUCGGUUGUGACUACUCCCAAUGUUGACCAAGGGGCCAGGAAUUCCGGAAAACAUAAUGUGGUGCUGUUACCUAGACAUGUGAGGCAAUACAUCUAG